UACAUAAAAAUGUCAAAUUUUAAGCUAAUCACUUGUUAUAUUCUGUCUUGUAUUGCUAUCUAACUGUUUUAUGUGUCUGUCUUGUCUCCCUAAUUCGAAUAUAAGCUUCUUGAGGUCAGGGGAAGUUUUUCAUAAAUUUUAUGUAUCCUUUGACAGUAUGGUUUACAAUGUUGGACUUAGGAGUUAAUCAACAAAAAUUGUGUUGAUUUAAAGCUGUGGUUCUUCAGAUUUUGGAUGUCAUUAACUUGUAAUUUUAAAAAUAUAUGUAUUUUGGGGCUACACAUAGACUUGUAAAUUUUCUAUUUUUCCAAGAAAGAAUGAUAAAACCAAAACCACCUAUGUAUUUCCUAUCACCUUCACUUCAUAAAAUAAAGCAUAUUUACUAACACAAAAUUCCCAAUCCCUGAAAAAAAGGACAGGCCUUUAAAUGGAACAUUUUACCUUUUAAAAAACCAAAACAAAACAUUGCCUUGUCCACUUUUUUUCUCAUUUUGUUUUGGGCUGGUCAGUCUUUAUCCUAGCCUAGCAGUAGUCUGUAGACCAACAUUUGGGCAUUGCUGUUUUAAAAGACUUGGACGAUUAAAAGAUAACCCUUUUGUAAAAAUGAAUACUUCUUUCCCUUGCCAAGGAGUCUGUCCUCUCCACAAUAAUAAGUACAUAUGCACCAGUAAUGCGAUUUCAUUACACACUGUGUGUCUCUAUGUACAAGUACAACAGUAAACAAACCAGACCUUGCUGAUAAACAUCUAAAUGUAUUUUCAGUUGCCAAACCCAAAAGCUGUACACUUUCUAAGGAAUUUGAGACAGGGUAAGAAGAAAAUACGAUGGGACCCAGUUAGGAGGCGCUUCAUUCAGUCCUGUCCCAUCAUAAGGAUCCCUAACAGGUUUUUGAGAGGCCACAGACCUCCACCAGCACGAAGUGGACAUCGUUGUGUGGCAGAUAAUACCAACCUCUAUGUGUUUGGAGGUUAUAACCCAGAUUAUGAUGAAUCUGGAGGGCCAGAUAAUGAAGACUAUCCUCUCUUCAGGGAGCUUUGGAGGUAUCAUUUUGCUACAGGAGUAUGGCACCAGAUGGGCACAGAUGGCUACAUGCCCCGGGAAUUGGCAUCUAUGUCACUUGUGCUGCAUGGAAACAACCUGUUGGUGUUUGGAGGUACAGGCAUCCCGUUCGGUGAGAGCAACGGCAAUGACGUCCAUGUGUGUAACGUGAAGUAUAAGAGAUGGGCUUUACUCAGCUGUCGGGGGAAGAAACCCAGCCGUAUAUACGGACAGGCCAUGGCAAUCAUCAAUGGCUCCCUCUAUGUUUUUGGAGGGACAACUGGCUACAUUUACAGCACAGAUCUGCACAAACUAGAUCUCAAUACAAGAGAGUGGACACAACUAAAACCAAACAACCUGUCCUGUGAUCUGCCAGAAGAGAGAUACAGACAUGAAAUUGCACAUGAUGGGCAGAGGAUUUACAUCUUGGGAGGUGGUACUUCCUGGACAGCUUAUUCCUUAAACAAGAUCCAUGCAUACAACCUUGAAACGAACGCAUGGGAGGAAAUUGCCACAAAACCCCAUGAAAAAAUAGGAUUUCCUGCAGCCCGAAGAUGUCACAGUUGUGUCCAAAUAAAAAAUGAUGUGUUUAUUUGUGGGGGCUAUAACGGAGAAGUGAUCCUGGGAGAUAUCUGGAAGUUGAAUCUGCAGACUUUUCAGUGGGUGAAGCUCCCGGCUACCAUGCCCGAGCCAGUUUAUUUUCACUGUGCAGCUGUUACACCGGCUGGUUGCAUGUACAUUCAUGGAGGAGUGGUGAACAUCCAUGAAAACAAACGGACUGGGUCAUUGUUUAAGAUCUGGCUGGUGGUACCUAGCCUGCUGGAACUGGCAUGGGAGAAGCUGCUUGCGGCCUUCCCUAACCUAGCAAACCUCUCCCGAACACAGCUUCUGCACCUUGGACUCACACAGGGACUCAUCGAGCGCUUGAAAUGAGGAUUUCUGGACUGUUCAUUGAUACUGGAAAUGUUAAUUUAAAGAGACUCCUUUAUUUAUGGGCAGUGUAGAAUGUGCUACAAAGAGGAUUGGUUACCCUGAUCAAGGCCUUAUUCAGAAAAUACAUCAGAUGCCUUUCUGUAAAUUGGUUUUAAGUUUAUGGAAAUCUCACUUUCCCUUGUGCUUCUUUCUUUGCUUCUCUCCCUCCUGCCCCAACACACACACACACACACACACACACACACACACAACACACACAUUCACAUACUCCCUCUUCCUUGAUGGAGUUGAGGGAAAGUCUGAAGGUACCUUAAUACUGUUGUGAAUCAAGAUAGGAUAAUUUUUUAAAGGAACUCUGAAACUAUGACCAUGUUAGCCAAUGCUCUACAAAUUAAAGAAGCAUCAUUGACAAAAAAAAAAAAAAAAAUUUUUUUUAAAAUAUUUAAGUCUAGCCACAACAAUGAGAAGUUUCAGGAUAGAACAAGAAGGCUAACCUUGAGAAUCGUGCGGGUUAUAUGCAAACCUAGAUGUUUAACUUACUGUUUUCCAAGAUGCUGCUAAUUGAGUAGCUGGGUCUGGUGGCUGCACUGGUUGACGUCUUGCUGCAGAGAUACCCAAACCCAUCCUUUGACUUUGGAGGAACGUCAAGCAGUUCAGCAACUCUUGAUUAGUGAUUUCUUUUCUCAUCCUUAUGGUGCCAGCAAUGGUUAGAUUUGGCUCGUCACAAGGCUUAUGUGUGUGUUGUAGUUGUGUGUUUUAUUGUGGCUCUUAGAAAUUAUGGCACCUAGAACGUUUUGAAUCAAGGAGUUUAUGGUGGUCAAAGUUCUUCAUUGUGGGCAGUUUCAAAAUUCUCCUGUGCUUAUUCCUGGGUUCAAGUAUCUCUUUGACUUCUUCAUGGGGGGACUUGUAGACCCUAAAUGUGUGGCGUAAAUGCCAUGGGACAUAAAGAAGCUUGUAAGAGGCCAGAGAAGAGCAGGGCAGGGAGGGCCUCGGCGCCAGACUGUGAGGCCCAACGGUCAUAUUGGCCACUCCCUUUUCACAGAUGUUUCUUUUCUGACACUGGGCCACACACCUGCCAUUUUCUCAGGCAACAGGUUUUAUCUCUGGAAAGCCAACUGGUUCUUGAUUUUUCCCUUAGUUUACUGUCUCCCCUUUUUGUCUGCUUUUAAUGUGCAUGGUGCUGUGAGUAAUUGUCUAGUUAUUGGAUAAAAGGUCUUGAUGAGGUGGGGGAAGCCAUAAGUCAUCCUUCCCGAUGAACUAAGUAUCAUUUUAAAAACUAGCAUGAGGAAGGAAUGAAACUGAGGAUCAUUAGUUUUUGGUGUGAAGUUUUAGUUCUGGGUUUUUUUUUUUGUUUGUUUGUUUUGUUUUGUAUUUUAACUCUAAGAAAGGAGUGACCUAAAUUUUCACUUCUUUGCCAUCAGGCUGCUAGAUAUUUGAGCAAGUCACUGAGAUGUGAGCAUUUGGAAGUCCUCAGGUGUUCGCCAGGUGCUGCAGGCAUACGAGAAGGCACGUGCUGAUCAUCCCAUCGGUCACCUCACGACAGGAAGCUCAGAUGGGAGAUUUGGGACAUAUUUUUUUCCUUUAAGUGCCUCUUUUCCACUUAGCUUUUAAAGUUACUCUUCUUUUUUCCUUCAUCCCAGAAGGGAUCUCUUUAGCUCAUGUGUGGAUUUAAAAUCCCUUUUGAGUUGUGGCUAAAGUUACCAUCCAUUGUUGAGUUCCGGGGGAAGAGAAAACUGUGGUCUCUAGACUUGGACUUUUAACUUCCAUGCCUUAUUAGAACAUCCCACCCAUGUUGGGUUGAGUUCAUGGUGCCCAUAGUCUGCAAGGUCUUAGAAUACCACUCCCCUGUGAGUUUGGGUCCUUUUGGGGGGACUGAGGGGUAAGGGCCAGAAGAGGAGAAGGAGCAACUCCUCUAGAGGUACCCCCCUCCCCCAAUCUUGCCAUGACCAAGUCUGUUUGACAUUUAGCCUCUUACCACCCACUGCUUAGCUUACUCCAGUGAGGAGCUCUCUCCAGAGCAAGUCAGUUUGAGCAGCGCCAUGAGUUCAAGACAAGGCUUUGCUGCAUUACUCCAGCCUGGUCUCUGGAUAUUUGGUGGAAUAUAUCCAGUUCAAUAAGCUGUGCUGUCUAGGGUGGUAAAAGGAUUUUUGUCAUGGAUUUAUAUAGGGACCAAAGCCUGAAUGCUCAGCCUCUGUUCUUAUCUUCCCAUGCUCCUUGGGAAAUAAGCAGAUCUCUAGCUUUGCUACACUGGAGAGCUAGAAAGAGAGUCUAGUUCAAUCCACACUUGCUGGCAAAAAAGGAUUUAAGCCUUCUGAGGGCAGUCUUCUUUGAGGUAGACUUUUGGAGGCCUGACAUCCAAGACCUUGUAUGUGAUGUUUUUAUAAAAGUACAUAUCCUUGGUCUAAAGUGUCUUCUUUUAAUAUAAUACUAGUGAAAAGGAUGUGGGUGUGACCAGCUCAGAGUGCUAUAGAACCGCACAUAUGCACAUGUUCUGGAUGCCAAAUGAGACUGUGUGUAUGAUGACUUAAGUGUACAUGACUAGAAUUUUAUAUAGGGGUUCCCCAGCCAUUUAGUAUACCUGUAACCAGCGCCCUGAAUUCCUGACACUGUUACUUGGUUUAGGAAAGUUUAUGCCUGCUGCUUCUCUGCCUCUUUGAGGCACUCCCUGCCAUCUUACUGCAGUCCUGUAAAUUGAAGUGCAAUAUAUAGAAACACAUAUGAAUAUAUACAGAUUAUAUAUAGGGUGUAACUAUAAAGCAGGUAGACUACCUUUUUUUCUUUUUUAAUCUGCUUUGGGAAGCCAGCUCAUUGCUUUAGAGUCAGCUUAUAUCAAGAAUGUGAGAUGUGAUCAGCUAGCAUAAACCAACUCUUGGUCAGUCUGGAUCUUCAAGUCUGUGUUUUCUCACUCCAACUCUUAAAGACUUUUUAUUCCUUGGGCUUGUUAGAGUUGAGACUUUUCCCCAGUCAUCUUUGUACUAUCUCAUGUGUGCGUAUCUUCCUACAUUUCUUUGCCCACAAAAAGAGAAGUCUACCUGUAAGGAAUUUCCUAAAUGGAGAAUUAAAGCC